UCCCUGCAGGCCAAGCAGAGCACCCUGCUGCAGCAGCUGGACAGCCUGGACAGGGAGCUGGAGGAGAUGCAGGCCAGCCUGGGAGAGGCUGAGGAGGACAAGGCCCGGCUGGCCGAGCAGCUGGAGCAGAGCCAGCAGCAGAGUGGCAAACAGCUCCAGGAACAGCAGGAGCUGCUGGACACGCUGCAGCAGGAGAAGCAAUCCCUGGAGCAAUCCAUCCUGGAGCUGCAGGCCAACACAUCCCAGCUGCAGGAACAAGCACAGGAGCUGAGGGAGCGGGAAAGGCUCCUGGUGUUCUUCCCUGAUCUCCACACGCCCACUGAGAUGCAGUUUGAGAGCAGUGGGAACUUAACAGAGGACAUGAAGAGUCAGCUCCAGGCCAACAAGAUCAGGAUUGAGGUGCUGGAGAGGGAGAACACCCAGCUGGAGGCUCUGCUGGCCAAGGUGAAGGCAGCAGCCGAGCAGGGCGUGCUCAAGCUCAUCCCACAGGCCCAGCUGGGGUCCCAGCUCCUCAGGGCAGCCAGCAGGCAGGACAGUGGGCGGCUCAGCAGCGGGAGCAGCGGGGACAGCNCUGACACCGGGAAGCGGGUACCGGCAUCGGGCACUGACAUUGAGCGCUGA